AUGGCAGAUGUGGAUCCCGCAAAACCGCCCGCUGAAGCUCCGAAACCUGGGAAGGAAGCACUGCCAAACACAGCAUUUAACACAUACUAUCUCAUUCAUUACGAUUGCCCCGUUGGCCCAGUUCAGUCAGUUGUUGCUGAAUGGCGUGUUGUCCAUAGAAAUUCCAUUUUAACAGGAUCAGGUGCCGAGCAAUAUAAAUAUGAAGGCAACAAUGUUGUGCGGCCUCGAGCGCCGGAUUUCCUUGCAAAUGAGCUUAAGACCUGUGAUCUAGGUGCCACGACAGAGACAGAGUUACAAUUGUACAACAACUUCACGGUGGAAGAUUGUCCUGCUAACAAUUUAUCCAAAUUGGUUGCCGUGUACUCGAAAACGUUUCCCACCACAGCAAUUAAAUGUCUGCCUAACUCCGAUGAUCUUUUGACAACCACCAUCAAUAUGGCACCGAUUUUCACAAAUAUAAUGAUGCAAGAUGGGCUGUCGUAUCGCGGACCGUGGAAGAGUGAUAUCCGAGAACUCGCCCUCAAGAUACAGAAUGAAUCGGGGAUGGUCCCGUUUCCCUCAAAACUCGUCCCGCGGACACAAGAUGAGCUCAUUGACGACAACGGAUAUGAUUUUAGUGGCUCUGCUUCUGCCCCUGGCAAAAAGAUUCUCUUGGUCGCGCAGGGCCUUCAGAUCAUUGCCAAGUCCGAGACUCACGUGCUCGAUGUUUUGCGGCUCUUACAAUCGCCUGACGACAAUGCCCCGCACCAACAUGCCCAGGAACACAUAUCAAUAGACAUGUCGCUGCUUAAGCAGGUGCAUACUAAGUCUGGUCUGAUGCUUCUGGACCUCUCUAGCUCCCCGGCAAAGGUUCAAGUGCUCGAAUGUCUACACAGAGAUGGAUGGGUUGUAUUGAAGAAUGCUGCGAGCACCAAAUCCCAACAGCAAGCGCCAUCCAAUGAGGUUGUUCUUGCUCUUCUGUCCGCUGCACGGCGUGGGAGCAGUGACUUUGAGAGCAGUUACCCUGAGGUUUCAUGGCCAUCAAACCUACAAAAAGGCCCAAACCCAAUUCAGCGACCUCAAAACUGGAGGGGUAUGGUGCAAGAACGGGCAACAGAUAUAGUGGCGAUCUCCUGCCACCACCUUUGGGGUGACGAGACGGAUAUAUGGGACUGGGAAUAUGAUACGGGGCUGCGUGGCGAUGAGACCGGACAGAUGGCAUCUGUGGCUGCUACUGGUGGAGACUUGCUCAUAUGUAGUGGCUGGCUACCACGGAGGCUUCCGAAGCCUCGAGGCCAGACUGAUCUUGUCACCGUAAAGCAUCGAUGGAAGCACUUUGGUUGGACAACGCCUUCGAGAGAGCCUUGA